AUGCACCAAAACAAACCAAAAAAGAAAUACACAAUAGGAAAAUCAAGAGCAAAAAGGUUUGAAAGAGAUCGAGCUGGAUGCACGCCUCCGAAGAGACAACCCGGAUCCGUUGGUGCUCUGGCGAACUCAACUCCCCGAUGGCUCUAUCACGUCCGCCAAUCACCGCGACCCAUCCGAAGUAGCUGCCAUCAAAUCCGCGAAGAUUUCACCAAAAGAGUGCCACUCGAUGAAGCCAACGCUCUCGCUCAUCUCGCUGACCAACACUCAACAAUUUGCAAGGUCAUUAUCAAGAUUUUGGGAAAAAAGAGAGAGAGGGAGAGUAUUGAAAAUACAAAAUGCAUCUUCCCUCUGUCAGAAGCUUCAGCUGAGCCCGCUCACGGGCCGUCUCCGUCGUCGGUUGCAACGAUGUCCCAGCCUUACAUCCACUUCCCUCCGCCGAAGCAAACGCAUACACCGUGGAGCUCUCGGGAAACCGCCAUCGGAAUACUCUCGUCGCCGGACAUCAGCAACGACGAUGACUGCACAGUCCGCCGUCGAAGUCAGAUCCGCGCUUAA